UUACCAUGAAUGUAGCAUUCAAAAAAGGACUACAGCAAAUAUCUUAGCAGGAAAACUGACAGCUUCCCUCACGUUGGCGUGAUUUUAAGGGUUGCUAGGAGGUGUCGGUCUUCAUAAACCAACAGAACCGGAUCCGAACCGAUCCUGCGGGAUGGCUGGCUUGUCUUUAACUGUCAGACUGUGUUGUUUGGACCGCAGGUUGAGUUCAGUAGCAGCCAGGACGAUUCGUGCAAAAGGUUUCGGUCCCUAUAGGUUGAGUCCAGUUGAAAGUUCAGUAUCUUUGUUCAGACAGGAGUCGUUUCUCCAGAGGAUAAUAAUCAGGGGGCUGUUUGGUGGUGGAGGUGAAUCCGUUCAGCCGCAGACUCUGCAGGAUGUCGCCAAAAACAUCCGAGAGCGGCGCUGCAAAAGGGUGGUGGUGAUGGCCGGAGCCGGGAUCAGCACUCCGAGCGGCAUCCCAGAUUUCAGGUCUCCGGGCAGCGGCCUGUAUGACAACCUGCAGCAGUACGACCUGCCGUACGCCGAGGCCAUCUUCGAGAUCGGAUUCUUCCAUCGAAACCCAAAUCCCUUCUUCGCCCUGGCCAAAGAGCUGUACCCGGGUAACUACCAGCCCAACCUGACCCACUACUUUGUCCGCCUGCUUCACCAGAAGGGCCAGCUGCUGCGGAUGUACACGCAGAACAUCGACGGGCUGGAGAGACUUGCAGGAGUUCCUCCGGAGAUGCUGGUGGAGGCCCACGGCACGUUUGCAACGGCCACCUGCACCUCCUGCCUGCGGAAAUAUGAUGGCGAGGAGCUCAGACCAGAGGUGAUGAGCGGGGCCGUCCCUCGGUGUCCCACCUGUAAGGGCGUGGUGAAGCCUGACAUCGUGUUUUUUGGGGAGGAACUUCCUCUGAGUUUCUUCAAGUACCUGACAGAUUUCCCACUGGCCGACCUGCUGAUCGUCAUGGGAACAUCACUGGAGGUGGAGCCGUUUGCCAGCCUGGCCGGAGCAGUGCGCAGCUCCGUGCCCCGCCUCCUCAUCAACCGGGACCUGGUGGGGCCUUUCGCGUGGGGGCGGCGGCCUCAUGACGUCACUCAGCUGGGUGACGUGGUCAGCGGCGUGAAGGAACUCGUCGACGCUCUGGACUGGACUCGCGAGCUGGACGCUCUAAUGGCGGCCGGAAGUCAGGAAGUUUGAUGAUUUUUCUGGGUUUUUAAAUUUGUUAAGAUUUGUUGAUUCUUCUUCUGAGUUUUGCUCUGAUUUUCAGAGCAGAAGAAACUGAGCAGAACUCGGUUUGUUUGCUCUCAGUUUUAUGAGAAAUCAAAGUCUGUGACGUCCGACGGCGUAUGAGGGCCAUUGUAGAAAACUCAGAAAUGUUCAGGUUAAUUUUAGAAAAUUUCUGAGUUUAAAGUCAAAAAUUUAGCUUGAAAAAAAUCUGAAAUUUUUAGAUUAAUCUUACACACCUUUGAGAAAAAAACGUGGAAAUUCCUGAGUUUUAAGUCACAAAUUUGCUAAAAAGAAUAAAACUGAUUUUUUUAGAGUAAUCUUAGAAGUUUUCUAGAAAGAAAACAUGGAAAUUUCUGAGUUGAAAAGCUGAAGAGUUGAACAUUUUCCACUUAUGAAAUUUCUGAGUUUUUGGCUGAAAUUAACAAAUUUUUUUUCUGUCUCCGAUGGCGUAAUAUGCUGCUGUGGUAACAGUUGCUGUGGUAACAGCUGCUGUGGUAACAGCUGCUGUGUUCUGGUCUCUAUUUUACUACCAUCACUGUAGCGGUCACCAGAUCAAUUAAGGUUUUAAGUUUUGAAUAAUUUAGUUCUCAUUUGAACUUUUAGUUACAUCUGAAAUGUUUAAUUUUAUUUAAUGUUUCUUUCUUCUGGUUUCUUUAAACAAGCAACUUUCAGCUCCUGUAACUGAAUAUUUGUUUGUGAUUAGAAAACUGAAAUGAAAACGUUUCGGCUCCUUCAUCAUGGAGAAUGUUUGCAUUUUUAAACAUUUAGUUAUUUAUUAAGUCAGAUGCAUGUAAUUUUAAAAUUUUUAAGCUACUACUGGUUAUUGUUUUGCAAUAUACAAUGGUCUUCAAUUUUAACGUCAUUGGCUUAAAAGAAUAAAUCUGCCAAUAUCACUGAAUAAAACUAUGAUGCUAUUAAAAUGAAUUAUUUUAUUGCUAUUUAUCUAUUUAAUUUAUCUAUUUAUUUAUUUAUAAUUGUCUUCCGCUUAUGUUUCUAAACGUAAUUCUGUAUUUUCCUUUUUUAUUAAUUUAAUUUUGGCCUUCAGAAAUGUUAUUUGCACAGUUUUACUCACAUAUUUCCAUAUGGAAUAUUUCCAUAAAUAUUCCAUAUUUCCAUUUUUAUGUCGAAGUGUAAUAAAUAUUUAGUUUUAGAUUUUAUAUGUUCAUUUCUUUAUUAAAUAAGUGCAUCCACAAUUCUUUAACUGUCAAUAAAAAAGUAUUUAAUUGUAUAUUAAAAUUAAAAUAAUUUUAGUAUUUGCACCAUGACACGAUUAAUCUCUAAGGUAAAAGACAAAUGUAGAAUCUAUUUAACUGGCCUUAGAUUAAGCAAAUAAGUAGCAAUGAGUCUCAAAAAUUGGUUUACAUAUAUUUUAAAAAAAGAGAUUCUGAAGAAAUUCGACUAAUUUAUCAAUUGUUUGUUUUUAUAAUCGAUUAAAACUCAUUACAAAUUCUCAAAAAAGAGAGAUGCUGUGAAUGAAUUUUCCUUUAAAUGGAAAUCAAACAGGAACGUUUACAGCGGCCAGCAGAGGGAGCCAGAGUGCAGCUAAAAUAGUUUCCUGUGUCUUAAACAUGUAGAAAUGUUGUCCAGCUGACGGAACACAGCGGAGCCCGUAAAGGUAAAACAAUAAAGGACCAGAUUUCUGAAAAUAAAAGCAGUUCUGAUAUUUACCCGCAAAUCUGGAUUGUCAGAAAAGAAGACAGAAAAAUCUGAAAUGUUCCCAGCGACGCGUCAGUAUGUGUGAUGUUUUCUCCCAGCACUGAAAAUAUCUUUGAUCAGAAUUUACAGAGUAAUAUAUGAUGGCACAUUUAAGACCAUUGCAGAAAGAAAAAAAUACAUUUCUGCCAAAAAACUCAGAAAAACUUCUAAUCUCACACAUUUUCAAAAGUUGGAAAUUUUCGACUUCAAAUUUUCUGUUUUUUUCUUGCAAAUUUUUUGACUUUUGAAACUUAAAUUUCCUAGUUUUCCUGGAUACUUUACCCACUGUGAGUAACCAAACAUUUACCAGACACAGACACUUACCUGCAGGUUUUGUUAAAGUUUCAUAGGUUUAAAAAUUUACUUUGUCUCUACUUUUUGUCAUUUUUAGAUAUUGAAUGAUUGAUAAGUUAUAAAUUAUGCAGUAGUUGAGUAGCCUUUUUAUAAAAACUUGACCAGUAAAUAUGUUUAAAUCUUAUAAAUGCAAUGAAACAUCUGCAAAACAAUUAAAAAUGCUCUUCAUAGAUUUAUUUCUGUUUAUUCUUUUCAGUUUCUUUCCACAUUAUGAAUCCUAAAGUUUCAACAUGCAGAUUCAGAGGGAAUGUUUAGGAGUUUUCCAACAGUUGCAAUCACAUUUCCUGAUGCAUUUAUGAUCUGAAGUGUGAAAACUGAUCAAUCAAACGGACCACCCAUGAGCUAAUUUAUUUGUGCUUAACGUUCAAAUAAACUAGCAUUAACACAAUU